AUUUCCAAUAAAAAAAUGCAAUUAGGUAGUGUUGUCACCACCAUUGUAGCACAAAAUCAGGAUGCAUGUUUCUAAACUCUGUUGAUGUAUUAUGCGAUAAUAUAACAUGCACAAAACAUAAUACUUGAAGAUACAAUUUCCUUAAUCUCUACCAAUAACAAAACGAAACAGGAAUCGUUCACAGCACUCCAUCGCCCCGCGCGUCUCCUGUUUUGCCCGACUCCCCUUCUGCCCCGCAGGCCCACAGCCCCACAUCGGUACUAUGUCCCUCGAUCAGUCCACACCGACGUUGACUCCCAAUCACCUUGGCGUUGCGCACCCUGCUAACCACAUGCCGCUCUGCAGCCCACAAUCCUGCCCCGCCACGUGCUCACCGCGGCAGCUCCCCGCUCGGUCGCUCCUAGCUGCCCGCUCCCAGGUCCCAGCGCGUGGCCGGUCGGCAGGCAGCCAACAGUGGCGGUUUGCGGGAGAGUGGAGACGGGCGGUCCUGGUCGGCAGCAGGCAGUAGCAGCCGUGGCGCAGCGCUAGGCCGGCUGCGCCUCCUGCUCCUCCUCGCCACCUCCACAGUGUUCAAGGCAACGCCGCUGCCGCCGCCACCACCAAGCGCCUCCAACGCCAACGCGGACGUGGGGGAUGGCACCCGCCUCUCCUCAUUCACCACCACCACCACCCCCACCUCCUCCUCCUCCUCCUCUUGUGACGACGGCGGCGGCGGCUCUCGCCCUACUCGACAGCAGCAACCAGGGCCGGAUCUGCCGUGGGAUGAAGAGAAGGACGGGGCGUCUGGAGGUCGGCUAUAGAGGCCGCGAGAAGGAGGCAGCCCAGAGGGCGCAAACGGCCAGCGACCAAGCCAGGCAACCAGCCGGCAGCCCCCAGCCACAGGCCGCAGCCAACUGCAGCAGGCACGCCAUCGGAACCCGGCAGCAGAGCUGCACUCUGCAGAGCAAACACCAUACUGGCAGGAGCGUAGCAGGACCUUACUUGACCAGUCUGGAAAAGUAUUAGGCCUAGAUCCUAAUUCCUGAAAGGAUAGCACAUAAUUGGGCAGCCAUUUGGCGGAGCAGAGUAUACAAUGAAAGGUCAAUGCUAUGCAGCAUGAACUGAGUACA